GCUCACCACAUCAGAGAACACGCAGCAUGAGGGACAGAGUGGGAGCUCUGGGCACCUGCCUCGGGAAGGUGAAGGGGGCGGGAGAGGACUCAGACAGGCUGCUGUAUGGACUUGGAAGGGCACAGGGGGAGAGCCUUUGCCCGACAGAUGCACCUUCCUCCUCCUGUAUGCAAAUACCUGCGGUUGAUGUGGAUGGAAAUUCACAAAACGAGGAGUUAUCAAUGGAAAUGAAAAAUGCUCCGAGUGAGGCUGGCCUCUUGCUUCAUAGCGGCAACAAAGCGCUUCCGUGUUUGAAAGAAUCAUUAAGAAGAAAUUCAGCUUCCGUAGUGGGUCAGAGUAAGACUGUGCAUGUGUUCUGUGCUCUUGCAGAAGAGCGUUUUGCUGGGGUGUCCUGCAGAGUGGGGGAAGCUCUGGUGAGGGACUGGCUGGAAGGAGGGCCCAGGGCCACCGACAGCCACGGAGGAUGGUGCCGCCCAGGAGAGCCUUGGGCGUCAGGACUACCGUGCCCUCAGAAGCGAUCAGAAAUGGGGAUUUCUGAGGAGGAACCGCCAAGUGCUCUUUUAGAGGGGCUAGGCUUUGAGUUGGAACUGUCUGGCCUGCAUUUCGUCCUGUCUACACCGCUGCACGCACGCCCCGAAGUUUUCCUGAGUGAUGAGACAAAAUGUGUUUUCCUUGGCCACCCAGAGCCCCUGUUUUCAGAGCAGACAGUAGAAUACAAGAAAAUGCUUUCAAGUAUAAAAAGUACCUCAAACGAUCGGCAAAUAAUACUGGGGUUACAGGCUCUACCAGCUUUUGAAGUAGCAAAUCCGUUACGCCAUAGUUAGGGUACAAGCCGAACAAUAAAAAUAGUGAGAUUAAUUUUAAAAGUUGUCUUAGAAUGAUUUCUUUCACACUGAGUCUGGAUGCACAAGGGGCAGCUCUGAAGGUCCUGCUUCAGUUUGUACGAUCGGACAAACUUUAAGUGGAAUUUAAACUCAUGGGAAGUUGGUUGAUGUGACAGGAGAUUUUUAAACAUGUUUUAACCUGUGCCUGAAAGAUGUUCAGUGUUGGGAUACCAUUUCGAGGAGAACAUUCAUAGAUCCCAUAUAAAUGUCAGGUUACAACGUAAAGAUGUAAUAACAUUCUUUAUGUAUCUUCAGCGCUCAUUCUAAAGGGCCACCGUCCCAGAUACUGUCUCCUCAGACUGAUCAGCGGGUGGGAGAGGCUGUUUGUUCAGAUCAGCCCUUCCCUACCUGCUCUCGGCCCUGCCACCAUUUCUGCAUUCUGUAGAAUAAUUUGGGUCUGCAGCAAAAUUUGAUUUCUUUUCUCAAAUCCCUUUCCUUCCCCUUGAAAUGCAGUUUAAAUGGAGGCCCUACGGUGAAAGUUGCAAUAUUCAGUGUCCUUUUAGUAUAAUCCUUUCUCAAACUAGGAGCCCUAGCAGUGUCGCCUAAAAUAGAAAUGACCUCGAGACCGUCAGCGGUAGCUCCGUUUAGGGGGAGACAGACCUUAUACUGCCCCUGUAAAAAGUUUCCAGUUUCCAGGAGCAGAGAUGUCUCUUACACUAACAUUUUUUCUGAAGUAGCCCUUCUGGUGGUUGAGAACUCUGGUAAAGGUCCCCUCAGAGCAUGAGUUUUUCAGGAGUCCCAAAGUAAGACUUAAUCAGUUUCGGGGUUACUGGUUGCCUUUCUGUUUGUGUGCUAACUUGCUAUGCCGUGUGCUAUUUUAGUGUUUGGGGAAAACGAAAAAUAAAACGUGUUAUUUAGCAUAAUAAAUGUCUUCUUUUACGUGUGCAGUCUCGGUUCACCUUGUCUUUUAUCAGCACUGUCUUCCUCAUAUUGAAAAGUCUUUUAGCACUGGUCCAAGUAGGCUGCCGACUUAGAAGACCGGAAGCAGAGCUUGAAAGACAACCCGCGAAGCCAGGUCGGAACUCUCUGCUCUCAUUUUCCUCCCAGGACAUAGUGAGAACGUGUUGUGAUCCUCUGGUGAUCGCCGCCACCGUGAAGGACGCUGUCCUGGUUGGGCAGUAAGAGCCCUGUUUGGGGUCACCAAGGGAUGGUGAGGUGAGAACACGGAAUUGUUUUAAAAUGGGAACCGUUUUCUUGUCAAGCACCUGCCCGCCCUUUUUUGUUUUAAAUUAAAUCUACUCCUUUGGGAUAGAACUUUCUGUGACCCAUCGACUGUUUUAUUUCCUUUGUUUUGUAAAUUGCAAGAAUAGAAACUUUCAACCAGUUGCAAAGAACAAAUAUGGAAUUCUCUAUUGAGUAUCCGAUGCUAAAUAAAUUUGGAAUGUCUUCAUGUGGUUAUAUUA